AUGACGCCGCAGCAGAAGGAUCUCUGUUUCAGGGAGAUGGCUGCGCACGUGAUUGGACGCACUGUGUGCUGUGCUGUGCUGCUGGUGCUGCUGCUGCUGCUGCAUCGCGUGCAAGUCAACCUCCUAGCUGCAAACCUGGUGGAGAAAGAUCAGGGGCAAGAGCAGCAGCAAGUGCUGCAACCGGAAGAGCUUGAGCAGCGCGAGCAGCAGCAUCACCAGCAAAACUUCGUAUUCCUUUCCUCCACGCGUUGCGCUGUAUCUGCUGCCGUUGUUAGCCGAGUCGCCGCUGCAUCCCUCGCAGAGCUGCAGCAGCAGCUGCAGCAAGUCAUGCAGAGGAUUUGUUGCAGACUUUCCUUCGAAGCAGCGCAGCAACAGCAGCAGCAGGAUGGGUCUGCAGCAGCGGAGACAUCCAGAGCAGCAGCGGCAGGGGAAGCUGUAGAUGAUGCGGAUGAAUUCGGAUACGCUGCAUUGCUCCUGCCGGAGGAUGGCUCUCUAGACGGCGAAGCCUUUGCUGCUCUGCCCCCUGCGGCAGCCGAUCGAGUGCUGAAGCUGCUGCAGGAAGCACGAGAUGUUCUAGACUCCCCAGCAUUCGCCGCUGCGGUUCGGGGUGUAUGUACUGCUGCUGCUUCGUGCAUCGUGCAGCGGGUUGUGGAAGCGCUCCAAAACGCAGGGAUUUUACCCCUGAAAGCGGAUACUGCUGCUGCCGGAGUGAAAGACCCCUACAGCAUUCCCUUCCAGCUGGCACGAAGUCUGGGGUGUAUUUGCAGAUUGGCUGACUGGGCAUUGGGAGUAGGGGUCGAAGGGCAGCUGCUGCAGCGGCUUGCCGCCAGUGUCGAGACACAGGAACUGUCAGCCUUAUGCUACUGGAAUCCGCAGUGUGACUUUGCGCGGGUGCAGCAGCUGCUGCACCUUGUGGCUCUAGCUCAGCACCAGAAUCAGCACCACCGGCUGCUGCCUGCUUGUGUUGUCAAAACGCAAAGGGCUGCUUAUUCGGCACCAGCUACUACAACGGGCCUUUCGGCAGCCUCGAGCGACGCCCUCCCACCCGCUCAGUACGCAGGAAAGUCAAAGUCUGCUCCCUGUCGAGAGUCAAAUUCGAGUUACCUCCGAAAAGCUCUGCCUCACAAUGCCCUGCAAGCAGGCGCAUACUAUGUAUGCUUAGACGGAUUUAGAUGCGCAUGCAUGCCCUUGCAGAGGCAUAAACACGAGUGGAUUGCGCUCAGAAGAACGAUGCUGGGGGUAUGGGGGUGGGGGGCUGCUAGGCACUGGGCUAUGCGCGUCCGCGGUAGCACGUAUGCUCCCGCCAUACAAACUAGUUUGGUAUUAAUACUAAUGGCGCUAAACAGUGUAGUAUCACUGGCUGUUGGCCUUGCUCCAGCAAACACCCUUUCUAUUGCUUGCGAGUCCUCAACAGAAAAUAAAUGA